AUGCAAUUCCCCCUCACCCAUCCUCCUCGGCGCAUUCGGCCAUGCAGCGCGGGAUCUUUGAGGAUAAAAGUGAAGCUUUACUGCAUUGCUGACGCGAUGGUGAACAAUCCGCUGUUCAAUGAAGAAGUGUUGCUAGCAUUUCGUGAGACCUCUGGCAGGAGAAUUGAGGAACCUGGCAAUAGCGCUGGAGCUAGAGCUACUGCUGAUGAAUCUCAAGAUAGCAAUCAUCGCGCUGGCGAUGAAAUACCUAUUCUCAGUGAGUCGUUCAUGCGAAUUUUGGCCAAAUUCUCCCUUGAUAUCACCCAUGAAGCUGGUAACACAUCAGUGGUUGAAGCCAGAGUUAACAAGGUCCGUGAUCUCCUUGAUGGAGACCGUCGGUGGGCGGCCGGAUUGAUAGCAAUGAUUGUAUCUUUGGAUAGAGAGAAUGUUCUCGAUGAAAAUCCAGCUGGGCUCGCUCCCGGUAGAGCUCAGGCAGGUUUUGAUGAACAACAGGAUGCUCACGAUUCUGAUGGAGCUCCAGGAGUUCGUCAAGCAGGUCUUGAUGGACAACAGGAUGCUCACGAUCCUGAUGGAGCUCCAGCAGGUCGUCAAGCGGGACUUCAAGCAGUUCCAGCUGGCCCCCCUCCUGUUGAAGCUCAAGGAGGUCGUCAAGUAGGUCUUGAUGAACAACAGGAUGCUCACGAUCCUGAUGAAGCUCCAGGAGUUCGACAAGCAGGUGGCCAAACAAUUCGACUUUUCCGUGCUCCUACUCGAGCUCAGGGAGGUCGUCAAGCUCAAGGAGGUCGUCAAGCUCAAGGAGGUCGUCGAGCUCAGGGAGGUCGUCAAGCAGGCCUUGAUGAACAACAUGAUGCUCACGAUCCUGAUGAAGCUCCAAGAGUUCGACAAGCAGGUGGCCAAACAAUUCGACUUUUCCGUGCUCCUACUCGAGCUCAGGGAGGUCGUCAAGCUCAAGGAGGUCGUCAAGCUCAAGGAGGUCGUCAAGCUCAAGGAGGUCGUCAAGCUCAAGGAGGUCGUCAAGCUCAAGGAGGUCGUCAAGCAGGCCUUGAUGAACAACAGGACGCUCACGAUCCUGAUGGAGCUCAAGGAGGUCGUCAAGCAGGCCUUGAUGAACAACAUGAUGCUCACGAUCCUGAUGGAGCUCCAGCAGUUCGUCAAGCAGGCCUUGAUGAACAACAUGAUGCUCACGAUCCUGAUGGAGCUCCAGCAGUUCGUCAAGCAGGCCUUGAUGAACAACAUGAUGCUCACAAUCCUGAUGGAGCUCAAGCAGCUCUUCAAGCAGCUCUUCAAGCAGUUCUUCAAGCAGUUCGAGCUGGCCUCCCUCUUCGUGGAGCUCAGGUACUUCCUGCUCCUGGUGGAGCUCAGGAUGUUCCCGCUCCUGCUCAGGUGGCCGUGCGUAUUGAAGAACAACGACGCAUCCUGCUCAGUCAAGCCACUAUUUUAUUUGAACGAAUCGUCAAAGAGGACAAAUCAUCCGAAUUGAGAUUCGACGCAGCACCGAUCGUAGCUGUUCUUACUCAAUCAAGCGGCGAAAGAUUUAUGGAGUCUGCACUCAAAAAUCGGAAUUGGGGCAAAUUGAAAAUGCUCUCGUCACACCUAGAUAAUACCAUCUUAAAUGAUCCGGAAUUACCUUUGGCAGCUAGAUUUGUUGAUCUGUCGAAGAGGAUAAUCGAAAGCUUCAUUGCGAUUCCUGAACAAGAUCCUGUUGAAGAGGAAGUCGUGCUACUUCUCAAUCACUUCAAGACGGCUCAUGGCCAAGCUUUGUUGAGAGUGGCUCGCAACACUCUGUCUGAUCAAAAAAAGAGGAAACUCGUGACCUUGUUGAUGGCAGCUAUCAAACGGUUCAAUGGUUUGGACCUCAUUCAUGGCAAGCACGCUUCAUCUGACAGAGCUUUCUCGUGCACUGAGAACAAUUUGUUUCUCAAAGCUUUUGAGGAUGCUACCCUUCUCCCUAUUUUUGAAGAGCUCUUCAAUCCUCCCUCCGCGUCGAAGUUUCAGAAAUUUUUGAUGGAACUUUAUUUCUGUGAUAACCGGGCGGAAGCAAUACUUUAUUCUAUAUGCGAAGCCAAGACUGGCAACAAGCCCCUGGAAAUCGAGCACUAUAAAGUACAAGAACUAUUUGCAGAGCUUAAAUCUGAGAGGGGCCUCAAAAUUGUUUGGUUAUUUCAUCCAGUGCACUUCCAACUGUUUCCGUUCCUUUGGAGAAAGCUGAAAGAUAAUUUCAAAUAUAUUUUUCAAGCCAGACCAGUUCCCGCUUUACAAGAGAUCAAUCAUUGUCCAACUGGCGUGGACAAGUACUACAAUCCAUCUCAGCUGAAGUUUGUUACACCUCUUUCUGAAGACGCCAUCGAUCGUGUUUUUGUUCUGAAUCUCAAUCAAAUUCGAUUUCGGAAGUCUUCUGCCAUCGCGAGAAUAGAUCUGCAAAUUGUCCUUGCAAAUUGGCACUUGAAGGAUAGAAAAAUCACUUCAUAUGGGAAGGCGUUAAAAAAAGCUGUGAACGAAGUAUCACUCUUUGCCAUCGAAUACAAUCGCAAGUUCCGGGAGUUUAGCGAGAAAAGCUUAAAGUGUAUUAAGGGUGCUUCGAAGACUGGAGUAUUGAUCUCCUCGAUUGAUGAUCAGUUCACGAAAUUGAAAUCAGCCACAUUUGAGGAAUAUAGAAUAAUGAUUUUUCAAAUCACAAAGGACUUGAGAUCAGGACAAAAGAAUAUUCGAAAAGGCUGCUCACUAGGAUUCAUAUUGGAUUCUGCAUUUGAAAUUUGGAGAGCUUUAAAAAAUGGGAUUGAUUUGGAGGGUGAAAUACUCUUGAACUGGGUGGAUCGAUUGGUACGCAUUCUUGAAAAUGAUAGGCUCUAUUACUUUUGUAAGAUUCGCUACACGUUCAGACUCAUGGCUACCUCUACAUUGAUUGCUGGCGCUGUAGCUUCCUCGACAAAUCCUGGUAUAGCCGUUGCAGGUGGUGCCGCUGCAGGCACAACUCUUGACCAUCAUGCAAUCAUAAAAUUUUUAAGGAGAUUUAGACACUCCAAAGAUUGGGAUCGAAUUAAGAAACAGCAUCUCUUAUACCACCCCAAAGUGAAGCUCAUGAAAACAGUGCAAAACUACCGGGCGAUCAAUGGAUUGGUACCUAAUUUGGCUCGUGCACCAAGAUUCCUUCCAAGUUAUCCUCCCUCUUGGUUCAUUCUGCGUCUGGUAUUUCUUUACCGGACGGUAACCCGGCGACAACUAUUUGGAGGGUAUACGUCUCCAAAACCUUGGAAGCGUCUGAAACGUCAGUGGUUUUUGAGAAAGCGGAAGUAUUGGAGAAGUUGCAAGUAUAUCAUAAAAAGAGUGUGA